AGUAAUAAAUACUGAUAUCGUUCCCGUAAAGUGACGGUGAAAUUAUUGAAAAUCAUAAUAUUCUAUUAAAUGCAUCUACACAAAUUAUUUAUCAUUCCAUGUUCUGUUUCUUUCUUGUAAAUAUCUGCUCGGAGAGAUAGAAAAUGCAGUUACUCCAUGAUAAGAGUGACAGCGUAGUCACUCCCAAUUUCGAUUAGAUUGUGUAAAUAGAUAAAUAUAAAUUAGUUCUGAAAAAAAAUCAAUUAUCUGCUAGUGAUAAAAACAUUAAUAUAGAAUUUUUGAGGAGAACGCAUUUUUUAAUAGAAUAAAUACUGUAAUUGAAAUUCUAACCAACAAAAAUCAAAUUCAACAAUCAACUUAUAUAGGAAUGUGAAAUAAAUAUUUACAAUGUCGAAAAAUAAAUUAAACUUAACACUACCUCCUGGUGCUAUAGACCAAACACCAACAGUAACACCAACAUCUUCAUUUCAGGAAACGCCCGUAGCAAAUAAUUUGGUCCGAGGAAAUAGCAUUGAAAACUUGACUGCUCGUUUAGAAGAAUUAGAUUCAACACUUGAGAUGGAUGAUACUCAACGCAAAAGAAUAGAGGUGUUCCUAUGUCAAAAAGAAAAAAUUGGCGGCGAAUUUUCAGAUGAUGAUUUUGAAAAACUAGGGGAGCUUGGAUCGGGAAAUGGUGGGGUAGUUACUAAAGUUCGCCACAAAGGUAGUGGGUUAAUAAUGGCAAGAAAAUUGAUACAUUUAGAAGUGAAACCAGCUAUUAAAAAGCAAAUAAUCCGUGAAUUGAGAGUAUUACACAAAUGCAAUUUUGCACAUAUCGUUGGUUUUUAUGGAGCAUUCUAUAGUGAUGGAGAAAUAAGUAUUUGUAUGGAAUACAUGGAUGCAGGAUCAUUAGACUUGAUUUUAAAGAAAGCUAGUAGAAUUCCAGAGAAUAUAUUGGGUAAGAUUACAUUUGCAGUACUUAAGGGACUUAGUUAUUUAAGGGAUAAACAUGCUAUUAUGCACAGAGACGUCAAACCCAGUAAUAUAUUAAUAAACAGUUCUGGUGAAAUAAAAAUCUGUGAUUUUGGUGUCUCUGGCCAACUUAUCGAUUCAAUGGCUAACUCCUUUGUUGGAACUAGAAGUUACAUGUCUCCAGAAAGACUGCAAGGAACUCAUUAUUCUGUACAAAGCGAUAUUUGGUCUCUAGGUCUAUCAUUAGUAGAAAUGGCUAUUGGAAUGUACCCAAUUCCUCCUCCAGAUGCUAAAACAUUAGCCUCAAUUUUUGGACCUCACAAUGAUAAUGAGUCACCUGAUCACACCAAAGGACCUAGACCUAUGGCUAUAUUUGAACUCUUGGAUUACAUCGUUAAUGAACCUCCUCCUAAACUACCAUCUGGAAUAUUUACAGAUGAUUUCAAAGAUUUUGUCGAUAGGUGUUUGAGAAAAAAUCCUGAUGAGAGAGCUGAUCUCAAAACGUUGAUGAAUCACCCUUGGAUCAAAAAAGCAGAAUCAGAAGAUGUAGAUAUCGCAGGAUGGGUAUGCAAAACUAUGGAAAUUCAACCUCCAGCCAAAUAAAAAUAUUUAUUAGAUACUCAUUUACAAAAUAUCAUUUUAAAAUGUAUAAAAUUUAUCAGUCUCGUUCUAGUGGUUGAAUAUUGUUAAGUAUCAUAGAUUAGUAAUAUUCAAGUGAUAAAUCCAAUAAGUCAGUGUAUUAGAAUAUUAUUUUUUAAAAACAAAAAUAUCAAAAUAUAAGAUUUAGAAUAA